GUCCGCCGGUGUGAGCCCGUCGAAAACCGUCCGGGGCUACAGCGACAGCGCGGCGAUAAUUGCGACACACUGCCGCCGGUUCGUCGAGAGCCGUCCGAGUCUCCAAAACGCGACACGAAGGACCGUCAUCGUCAGCGCGGCCACUACAAGGUAUGUAAAACACGUCCGAACAUUGUUUUCGCGUAAUAUUUCGUAGCGCGGCCGGUUGGGUUACGUCACCCGAAAGCGUUUUUCCGUUCGACAGCCAAUUGUAAAUUGUAUCACGUUAUUGUGUUCGGCUACUUGACUGCACGCGCGGCGUACCGAAUGUCCACACCGCGCGUGCUCGUCGUCCAUUCCGGAAUGUCGCGCGUUUCGCGAAUUGCGAUUCCACGCAGUCCGCCAACCACCUUACAUGACCACCCGCCCCCGACCGGUCAAUACGACGCGACGCGGCGGACCGGUCGAGAAUAAACGGACGGCGUGUGUUUUUUUUAUUUUUUUUUUUUUCGCGAAUUUCGUUUCUAUAAUAUUAUAUUAUAAAUAAUAAUUAAUAAUAUAAUAUAAAUAUUAUAUAAACGGUUUUUUAGACCCGGCUGCGUGCAAUAGUUUUCGGAUGUUACGUACGAAAAAAAAAAAAUAAUAAUAAUAACAAUAAUAAAUCCAUCACCUGUUUGAUUAUACACACACGUCAUAGUGCGCUUUAAUGUUAUCUGUGCUGAAACCGGGAAAAAAAAAACCAAAUUACAAACGUUUUUUAUUUUUUUUUUUUAUUUUACCCGUUAAUAAAAACGUUUACGAAAAUUAUAUACGUAUACGAUAUUAUUUUUAUAUACGUUUACCCGAAUUACCCGUAUAAAUACACGUUUCGUUUUAUUCGUACACGUACACCCAUUUUACCCGUAUCACAAGUAUACGCGGGGUCCGGAUUCACAGCAAUCCGCCCCGCAGUACGUAUUAUACAGGACGCGUACGGGGUCCCGUCCGACCCGCGGCCGGGCAAUCAAAAUUUAACUCGAUUCGAAAAACGACCCAAAGUCCGCCGCCGCCGUCCGUGUAUUAUUACAAAUAACCCAUUUUUCCGGGCUCUUCCCGGCGCGGUUUUCGACGACCCUUCAUUACGACCGUACCCCCGGUCGUCGCAAACGGUUAUUACCGAACGCGUAUUACCCGCCCGGACGGCGUAACGUCGGCAGGUAGCCGCGGCCAACAUACGUUUUUUUUUUUUUUUUCCGUUUUCAUUCGUAAGCCCGCCGGCCGAAUAAUGACCGAACGUACGCACGCGCUUAAUAAACGACGGGAGUUACGUUAUUAUUAUUAUUAUUACGUUUACGGCAUUUUAUUGUAUAUUACGUACUCACGUAAUCGACGCGAUUUCACAGGUACCUGUAGAACUCCUGCGACCGAAACCGUUACGCGAUGGCCACCGGAGAACCGUUGAACUUUGCCGCCCGCUUCGGCGCGGCCGGCGGCGGCGUCGGUCUGCUGGACCAUUUCCCGGCCGUGUACGUGGACGCGGUGUGGGCCAGGUUCCGGCAGUAUCCCGGCGCGUUUCCCGUCGGCGCCGUCAACCACCACCAUCAAAUGGAGAGCUACAUCCGGGCCAUGGCCCUGUCCCGGAACGUCCAGAAACAGAUGACCACCACGACCGUGGCGUGCAUGGUGCAACAGCGCCAGGCCCACGGCGGUCGCCCGACGGCGCCGCGGGCCCUGACCGCGGCCGUCGCCACCACGCCGGGCGGCAAGCCCAAGAAGCGGUACAUCUGCACGUACUGCGACCGGGAGUUCAGCAAGUCGUACAACCUGCUCAUACACGUCCGGACGCACACGGACGAGAGACCGUACCCGUGCGACGUCUGCGGCAAGGCGUUCCGCCGCCAGGACCACCUCAGAGAUCACAAGUGAGUCCGUUAUACGAACAACACUCGUAACGCGCGCCGCACCUAUCGCCAGCCGUUUUUUCGAGAUUCUGAGCGGAACAUGUCAGUUUUACAACGUUUGUUUGUUUUGUUUUUUUCCUCUGUGGACGAUUUUUCUACCGGCGAUUUCGCUCCGAUUUUCAAUUAUAGCGGUUUUCCCGAAUAGGAAAUAUGACUGGGUCGGUACUUCGAACGGGUCGUUUUUCCAUUUUCCCUGGGAUUUGCAUAAUAAAUGGGAAAACGUACGGGGAGUAUAUACUAUUUUUAAACCGUAAAUAUUAUACGGGCUUUUAAAUGUACAUGUAUAUGUAAUCGGACUUUGCUCAGAAUCGUGUUUCGUUAUCCAAGAUUAAUCGUUGCGUACAGAUGUGCGCGUCGCGUUCCCCUCUAUACCCUUGCUUUUUUCCCCGUUUCUUUCAUUUUUUUCACCUAUACAACAGUGGUCCGCCCAUCGUGUGAAAUAUGUCCGUCGUUUUUUUUUUUUUUUUUCAACGGUACCGUAAUAAUUUCCUUUCGCAGAUACGUGCACAUGAAGGACAAACCGUUCUCUUGCGAGUCCUGCGGCAAGGGAUUCUGUCAGAUGCGCACGCUCAUCAGUCACCGGAAGAACGCGCAGUGCCAAUGGUACCGGUACCAGAGACACCAGGCGAUUGCCGGCAACACUCAUAUCGCCUCGGUGGCCGCGUCCGCCCGCGACACGGCCCCGCAAAACGCCAACCUCACCGAUUUCAGCAUCAAAACUCUUUUGGGCAUCGGCGACGACCAAUGAGAAAACGCAUUUGAAUCUCGCGCUUACCUUAAUAAACCGUGAACAUCACGGUCGUGUAACGUUUUCUUUGUUUUCAGUCCGCGGAAAUGUACAGCGACCAACGCGACACGCGUGUCGGCGAAUUCGUAAUGUGUGUAUAUAAAAAAUACGAUGUUUUGUUAUUAAUUAAUUGAUUGUGUAAAAAAAAAAAAAAACUGUAUGUUUCUUUGAGAAAAAAAAAAAUAAAUAAAUACGAU